UUAUUUUAAAUUAAUCCAACAAAAAUCUCUUUAUUUAAAUUUUGUUUUUGGUAUGCUUUUCUUCCCACCUAUGACCGAUUUUCCUUCAACAGAGCACCAAACUACUGUAGAUAAUAAUUUACCUUUAACAUGGCUAGGUGGGGCUAAUACUUCGAGUAUAUUGUCUAGGCCUAUGGAAGAACAACAAAGAAUAAACUCAACAACCUCAUUUCAUCAAUUACUUUUAAUGGGCCAAAUUAAGCAACAACAAAUCUCACAAUCCUCACUACUUUCUUUACCUCAGCCAAUUGGAUUAAAUGUAUUUCCGGGGCUGUUGACUAAUGGGGGUGAAUUGACGAAUAAACGUGAAGAGGAAGAAAGGAAUAAAAUCUUCCAACAGAAUGGGGUAGGGAAUUUUUUGGAGGAUUUUUAUAAAGGUGUGGGGUGA